AUGAAACUUCUUUCAAAUGGCAUUUUGUUUGCGUUCUGCAUUCUACUUGCCACUGGUUUGGUAGUGGCCGAGGUAGCAAAAGUUAAGGAUGACAAGCAUUUGCUUCAUCCACCACAUUUGUUAGGGCCUGGGAUUAUCAAGAAAGGGUUUAAGCGUGGUGGGCUUGGCUUUGGUGGUGGUGGAGGUUUAGGAGGAGGAGGAGGCCUAGGUGGCGGUGGUGGGUUAGGUGGCGGUGGUGGAUUAGGUGGAGGUGGCGGGUUAGGUGGCGGUGGUGGAUUAGGUGGCGGUGGUGGAUUAGGUGGAGGUGGUGGAUUAGGUGGCGGUGGAGGGUUAGGUGGCGGUGGAGGGUUAGGUGGUGGAGGUGGUGGUGGCAUAGGAGGUGGUGCAGGGCUUGGUCAUGGUGUUGGUGGCGGCAUUGGUGGAGGGGCAGGAGGUGGUGGUGGACUAGGUCAUGGUGUUGGUGGUGGCAUUGGUGGAGGUAUUGGAGGUGGUGGUGGUGGUGGGCUUGGUGGAGGUGGUGGUGCUGGAGGAGGUGGUGGAUUUGGCGGUGGAGGAGGAGUUGGAGGUGGAGUUGGAGGAGGUGGAGGUGGUGGAUUUGGUGGAGGAGGUGGCUUUGGAGCUAGUGGUGGUUUUGGUGGUGGCGGUGGUGCAGGAUUUGGCGGUGGCGGCGGCGGCGGCCAGUAG